CCAUUAAAUUCGCAGCCUACUCAGGAUAGUCUCCAUCUUCGUCGGCUUCCUCUCCUCACAUUCCCUGUAUUCCACAUAGUAAUAACAGUUCUAUAAGGUUUUGCUUCAUCAUUAAAACCACGUCUUUAUUUUUUUUUCAUUAACUUUCUCCUUCGACCUCUUCCACGACGAUUAGUUGAAUUAUCUCUUUCACACACCUCCACAUGAAAUCCCUAAUUUCUGAUACUAUAAAUAGGGUUGUUGAAUUCUCCAAAUCUCACAGCUUCUCAUGCUUCGAACCUAUUGAUUUCUCACAACACGUCGUUCAACUACGGUAUUGUCCCAAAUCUUCUCUCUGAUGUAUAGUCCAAUUGUUUUUCCAUUCUGGGAAGCGCGGAACAUGAAAGAGCUAGCGGUGUUAAAUUUUAUCAUCCUCAUCAUUGACGAACAGAUAUCAGGUACAUCUGCAAUGCCUCAAAGAUAUACUCUGGUUUAUAUGGAGGAGGGGCGUAUUGGAGGGGGUGGCGACUUUCCUCAUGUAAAGAAAGGUUAGGGAGUAUAGUAAUUCUGACUUUUAUGUUUUUAGUCCCUUUCGGUUUUAACUACAAGCUGUGAUGGUGCAAUAGUUUUAGUGACUUUCAAUUUGAACAAUAAUUAUUUUGCAAAGAGAGAUGGCCAAUACCGGAUUGAUUCUGAGACCACACCAACAACUGAGGUUGAGAUGCCUUAGGUUUUUGGCUCCAGGGGCUAUGUUCGGGUCAGGUGGACAGAGAUUGGGAACAAAACAUUUCCAGCUCACACAGUUCGAAGAGGUUUUUACGAGUCACCACUGGAUGGUUCGAAAAUACAAGCUGAAACGUCAAAAAAACAGGGUUCGUGGUAGAGGAAAGAAGCUGAAUCUGGUAAAGCACCAAAAAAAUUCUGGGAAAUUAGUCUACAAUCCUCUUCCAUACUCAUUGAGCUCCGGAAUGGAGCUCAAAAUCAGUGAAGAAGAAUUCCUGGAUCUAAAAAUCCUACAACUUUGAAGUUUGGAUAGUAAGUUAUGUGUUAACUUUUUAGUACUCUCUUUAUCUUUCAACAAGUUGACUCAGACGCAGCCAAGUAUUUGGUGAUAAUGUUGUUAAAGUUGUUUCUAAUACUAAUUGUGUCUGAGUUUAACAGUUCAACUAUGCGGUGUUCUUUGCUUAUAUUAGUUUGAGGGAGAAUGAGAACAUGAACCUAAUGUGUUGCACAUAUCCAGAAUUCAAGGAUUCACAACAGGGUUGUUUACGUAUUCUGAGUCUGACGAAGAGUGAAAAACAUAAAAGAAGAGUGCAGUGUCUGAAAAAAUGGAGAUGUAAUAAGAACACGUUUGGUUGCUGUUGAUUCUCUUUGUUGUCCUAUUUUACCGGGGAAAUCUGUUAUACAAUUUGCGGUUUCACAUUCGUAGUUAUGCCAACUGAGUGUGUGUAUGAAGAUUUCCAAUAAGAAUAGAAUAUCUCUCAUUUAUUUAUCCAUGACUUUGAGCGUGUAAA